UCAAUAGUACCGAUUCAAAAUUAGGAAGAAAAAAAAAACUUUAAAAAGCUAAGCUCAAUUUGAAAACUCAAUUUUCAAGUAUUCCGUUUAUCGAUGAUUCAUCAUUUGAUCUCAAUUUUAGGAGGAACAAUUUGAUCAUUAGGAAAAAAAAAUUCAAAAUUUUAGACGAAUUUGAACCCUAAAAGGUAGCUGGAUGCAGAGGAUAAUGUCAAUUUCAUCGGAUUAUUUGAAUCUGCUUAGCAGUUAUUCAGCACCUAUAUGGGCAACUCUAGUUGCUGGGUUCUUCGUAAUCCUUACAUUCGCAUUCUCUAUGUAUCUCAUUUUCGAUCACUUAUCAGUUUACAAAAAUCCAGAGGAACAAAAGUUUUUGAUUGGAGUGAUAUUGAUGGUACCUUGUUAUGCUGUUGAAUCAUUUGUGUCAUUGGUAAAUCCGGCGAUUACUGUUGAAAUUGGGAUACUGCGUGAUUGUUAUGAAUCCCUUGCCAUGUACUGCUUUGGGAGGUAUCUUGUUGCAUGUUUAGGUGGAGAAAAGAGGACCAUACAAUUUAUGAAGAGGGAAGGACGUGCAGGUUCAAAGAUGCCACUACUAGAGCAUGGCUCUGAAAAGGGGAUUGUUAAGCAUCAUUUUCCCAUGAAUUAUAUUUUCAAGCCAUGGAAACUUGGUCAGUGGGUCUACCAAGUUAUCAAGUUUGGAAUUGUCCAAUAUAUGAUAAUCAAAGCAUUUACUGCUACUUUAGCAGUGAUUCUGGAAGGUUUUGAUGUAUAUUGUGAAGGAGACUUCAAAUGGAAUUGUGGGUAUCCAUAUAUGGCUGUGGUUUUGAAUUUCAGUCAAUCAUGGGCAUUGUAUUGCUUAGUUCAAUUUUAUACUAUUACAAAGGAUGAAUUAUCUCACAUCAAGCCGCUGUACAAGUUUCUAACUUUCAAGUCAAUUGUUUUCUUAACGUGGUGGCAAGGCCUGGCAAUAGCCCUGCUUUCUACACUUGGUUUCCUUAAAAGUCCAAUAACCCAAGCUUUACAGUUUAAAUCCAGCAUUCAAGAUUUUAUCAUAUGCAUUGAGAUGGGCAUUGCUUCUGUGGUCCACCUCUAUGUCUUCCCUGCCAAGCCAUACGAGCUGAUGGGAGACUGUUUUACUGGGGAUGUUGCAGUUCUUGGAGAUUAUGUAUCUGCUGAUUUGCCAGUAGAUCCUGACGAGGUUAGAGAUAGUGAACGUCGCACCAAAUCACGUCUUCCUCAACUGGACAUUGAUGAUAGGGGCGGAACAACCAUAAGAGAAAGUGUUAGAGAUAUCUUUAUUGGAGGUGGUGAAUAUAUAGUGAAUGACUUGAAAUUCACAGUAACCCAAGCAGUAGAACCUGUAGAGAAAGGAAUUCAAAAAUUACAUAAAAUCUCUCAGAACAUAAAGAAGCAUGACAUAGGGAGAAAAACAAAAGAUAAUAGUGGUGUUGCCUCAUCAUCUCCAACAAGAAGAGUCAUACGUGGGAUAGAUGAUCCCCUUUUGAAUGGAAGCGUAAGUGAUAGUGGAACUUCUAGGAGGAAGAAGCACCGUCGAAAAUCUGAAUAUACCAGUGCAGAAAGUGGAGGAGAGAGUAGCAGUGAUCAGAACUUUGGUGCUAUACAAGUUCGUGGUCAAAGGUGGGUUACCAAGGAUUAGUCAAGGACGAAGAGCUGAAAAGUAAAAUCCUAAAGAUCUGCGCAUAGUAUGCAUCUUCUCGUUUGGGAGCCUGCGGAGUUGCUUUAUUCCCCACUACAUUAUUCUUUCUUCUCCAAGGAAGUAGAAGUUUUGCUUCAGAGAAUUCAUAUUUCCUUUUCUUAUCCUCUUUAGAAAUGGAAGUGCUAUAUAUUAUGAAAGCACUUCUUGAUUGAUUAUAUACAUUGUCAUUGUUGCUGCACAUAAAUGGUUUUUGAAAUGUUGUAUAGGUUUAUUUAUCCUCCUGGGUUUAUGACCCCUCUGUAUCUGGAUUUGUAAGCUGCUUGAGGUUUCUUCAUUCAUGUGUAAAGAGAAUAGCUACUAAAUAGCUGACUACUCUACAGUUUUAACAAGUGUAACUUUGUUGAGAUGUAUUUCAGCAUGACAACAACA